AUGUUCAUUCUAAGCAACUCUUAUCAGCUCAGAGACACAAAAACAGACAUUUUUGAUUUGCAUUUUGACGCACACAUGCCGAUUUCGCAUUUUAUUUCUGUUGAGGGCCAUCAUGUAUUCUCAAGUAAAAAUGAGCUAUUUUCGUUGAAAGAGAAAAAGCAGAAGAAGAUUGCCGGAUUCAAAGCGGAGAUUACAGCCCUAUCCACACACCACCAAUUAAUUUGUGCUGGAGCUCUGAGUGGAGAAGUCCGCAUCUUCUCUGGACAUAGAGCUGCAAUUCGACAGUUUCAGGGACACGAUGCAGGAAUAACUGAUAUAAUAAUAACAUCAAGCAAAACAGUCGUCUCGGCAGCCAAGGACCACUUUGUCAAUUUCUACGAUCUGACCGGAGAUAAAUCUAUCUGCAAGCUUGACUUGGGCGAUGAACUGCCCAGAAAGCUCUUGGAAGUUGGCAACAAGCUGGUUGUAUUCUCAAAGAACAUACUACUAUACUCUUUGUGCGACUACAAAUUGCUCACAAAAGUUGACUUUGGCCUAUCUAUAGAUGAUGCGAUUAAUCUAUCUCCAGAAAAUAUACUUUUUGUUUCUAAAAAUAAGGCAUAUAUUUUUAACACCAAUAAUUUUGCAAUUGAAAGCGGUGCUAUACUUCAUACCAGAGAGAUUACUGGCCUUGGACUAUAUAAGGACAGGGUCUAUUCUUGCUCGCUUGAUGGGCGCUUCAAGUCAUUCAACCAACAGCUAAAAAACAUAAGCAAUUUCAACUUUAAUUCUAGACUCAUAUCAUUUUCGAUCGUCAAUGAUGUACCGUUUGUUGUGCUUGAGGCAGGCAAAAUAUAUAGCCUGGAGGCUAAAAAGACAGUUGAGGAACAGCGAAAAAGCAUGGGCAAAUGCAGGCCUUACGAAGAUGAAAUUAACUAUGAGGUAAUACAAAGCAACAAAAGAGUAGCAAUAGAGGUGGAAAGACUCUUGGGAAAUUUUAUGUACAAAGAGGCUCUCAAAAAGUGUUUUAAAGAUAACAGCCUUGAGCAGUCAUUUGCAGUUCUAAAGUUCAUUUCUGACAAGCGUAGCUUUAUGAGAUUAAUGAAAGAUGCGGACACCGAUUUUUUGAAAUGUACACUCCGGCUGUGCUUGGAAACCAUAAAAAUCGACGAAUUCACGCCGCUGAUUACCGAAAUUCUAAUGAUUGUAACCUCAAUAUAUUCUGACGAGCUGUCUGAAGAUAAAGAACUAAGCGAGCUUGUCCGCGGCCUGAGCAUUGAACUUAAUGAAAUUGUGGCCUUUGAGGAGAUUUUUCUAAAGGCGGUGUCGUUUGCCGAAUCAUUUUCGAGCCCAUAUGAAUAA